AUGCAAAGCUAGCAACCAAAGUGAACAAAAGGGUACUACUAAAGCUACUUUAUUCCUAUAAUGGAGAACACCACCAUCAUCCUCUACACAGUCCUCACCUUCAUCCUCACCUUCUUCUUCCUCUCCGGCCAUGGCCGGUGCCGGAAACGGCGUCAACCCCACCCUCUCCCUCCAACCGGCCCUCUUCCACUCCCAAUCAUAGGCCACCUCUACCUCCUAAAACAAAACCCCCACCAAAUCCUAGCCACCAUCUCUUCCAACCAUGGCCCCAUUCUUCUCCUCCGCUUCGGCACUUGCCCUGUUCUUCUUGUCUCCUCUCCGGCCAUCGCCGAGGAAUGCUUCACCAAGAACGACAUCAUCUUGGCCAACCGUCCCCAACUUCUUGCCGGCGUUUACUUAGCUUACAACCACACCACAUUGGACUCCACAAACUACGGCCCUUACUGGCGCAAUCUCCGGCGCAUCGCUGCCGUUGAGUUCUUCUCUCCGGCACGCAUCUCUUCUCUCUCCUACUUACGUAGCCAAGAAGUUCAUCACCUUUUACGUGACCUCUAUCAUCAUGGUUCAGAAGAGAUUUGCAUGAGAGAAAAGCUGAGUGCUUUGUCUUUGAAUGUGACGGCGAUGAUGUUGAUAGGGAAGAGGUAUGGAGGGGAUGAUGAAGAAGGGGUGAAGCUCAGGAGGGUGAUUGAGGAGGUGUGCUUGUUGGCUGGUUCAUCAGCCAUGGAGGACUUCUUGCCGUUUCCAAAGUUUGUAGGGUUUGUGACUGGGUUGAACAGAAGGAUGGUGAGGUUGGAGAAGGAGAUGGAUGCGUUGUUUCAGAGUUUGGUGGAUGAACGGCGCCGGCGCCGGAGUGAUUGUGUGAGCGAGGAGGAGGAGAAGAAGAAGAAGCCGGUGAUUGAUGUGUUGUUGGAGAUGCAGGAGAUGGAGCCAGAGUACUACACUGAUGUCUUCAUUAAAGGUUUCCUUGAGACAAUGAUAAUGGCAGGGACUGAUACAUCAGCAGGAACAAUGGAGUGGGCAAUGGCACUCUUGCUCAACCAUCCAGAGGCCCUAAACAAAGCCAGAGAUGAGAUAUCCAUGCACGUAGGACAUGAACGCUUGAUCACAGACACUGACAUCCCCAAGCUGACUCAUCUUCACAACAUCAUCAAAGAGACCCUUAGACUCUUCCCUGCAGCACCUUUUCUAAUCCCCCAUGAGUCCUCUGAGGACUGCAAUGUCUCAGGGUACCAUGUUCCUAAGGGCACCAUGCUUUUAGUUAAUGUGUAUGCUAUGCAAAGAGACCCUGGGAUUUGGGGUGAUGACCCUGUGAAGUUCAUGCCGGAGAGGUAUGGAGAGGGAGAUCAUGGAGUAGGAGUUCAAGUUAAGGGUAGUGGUUAUAGUUACAUGCCCUUUGGGGCAGGGAGGAGAAGAUGUCCUGGUGAGAGUUUGGCUUGGAGGUUGAUGGAGUUGACACUGGGGACUUUGAUUCAGUGCUUUGAGUGGGGUAGGGUGGGGGAGGAGAUGGUGGACUUAAGUGAAGGUGAUGGCCUCACCAUGCCUAUGGCUAAGCCUUUGAAGGCUAUUUGCAAGCCAAGAUCCAAUAUGAUUCAUCUUCUCUCCCAACUUUGACUUUGUCACUGUUGACUAUGUAAGUCUGUCUAAUUGAGUUUGUCUCAUUUGUUUAAUUGAAAAUUGUGACCAAAAAACGCUCAAGAAUGUGAAAUAAAUUAAUGUAAUAAGAGGAUAAGUGACUGAUCGUAUUAUUUGUACUGCCAAAAAUAUUGGAUAUAUAUGGUUGUUCUAGUUUA